UUGUUAUUGUUGUGUUUUCUGCCUCUUUUUAGUAGGUUUUUUUUUGUGAUCCUCUCAUCGUCCAUCGUGGCAUGUCGUUGUAGUGCGGAGAGCGCGAGCAUUGUGCACAGCAAUGGAAGGCAAGUAAAGCUAUUUUAUUGGCGCAGCAGUUGCGAAGCGAUUUUUUCGCUGACUGGACGCGUGUUUGCAAAAGGGCGAAUAUACCGUCGCAUGUGAAUCGGGCGGGAACGAAUAAGAAUCGGUAGACGGGAAGGAAGAAAGCGAAGAAGAAAGCCGUACUCGGAUAGCGGUGCGAAUGAACUUGCGGCGGCACAACCUGAAGCUGAGAAGGCGUGGGUGUGUGUUGGGAAAAUAAACCAACGGGAAAAAAAAACAAUCGCGCACAGCAAUUGUUGCACGUCGCCAUCGUGUCGUAUUUGGUGUGAACAAUAUUGUGCUUCGGGUACAGCGUUGCGGUCCCUAUACGUAGCACGCGAGUGAUUGUCAGCGUGACAAAUGAUUAUUUCUGAAUUUUUAUGAAUUAAGUUUCUGGUGGCUCGGCGAAGUGGUGCGCGUAUGCUAGUGGAAGAAUUACCCAAUUAUCAUAAUAAUACUGUGAAUGAUUGAUCGUGAACAAGUGGAUUCACAGUCGUUAAGUUUUAUUAGUGUGAUCAAUUACAACGAGUUGUACGUGAUCCAGUGACAGGUGUGAAGAGCUGGCGAAAGGAUAGGCGGAUAGUAUUUGAUCAGUGGAUAAGGUGGACAUUGAAAUGACGGACAUGAUUGACCUAAGGAUGCAUCAACAUAUUGCUCACGAGAUCUACCGGCAGCAGAUGUUGCAAAGGAUUCCCGAUCCUUUUCCGUCGAUGUUGCCGGUUCCGGUGCCGCCGAUGCAUGCAAUGGCCCUUCCCCCGCGCUAUUCGCUGCCCGGCGUGGAGAUGAAACUGCAGAACAAGGACCUGUGGCGAGAGUUUCACAAGAUCGGCACCGAGAUGAUCAUCACCAAGUGCGGACGGCGAAUGUUUCCCUCGAUGCGCCUUACCGUGGACGGAUUGGACGCGGACACCAAUUACUGCGUGCUGCUCGAGAUGAUGCCCAUCAGCGACUGUCGGUUCAAGUUUAGCGGAUCCCAAUGGGUUCCGGCGGGUGGCGCCGAGCCACAAAGCCCGCAACGGUUCUGCCUUCAUCCGGACAGUCCCGCCCUCGGUACGCAUUGGGCCUCCCAGCCGAUUGUGUUCAACAAGGUGAAGCUCACCAAUAACACUUUGGACAACAAUGGACAUGUGGUGCUGACCAGCAUGCACAAGUAUCAGCCUCGAAUACACAUCAUCAGAACGGCGGACCCGUCGCAGAUUCCGUGGGCUGCCCAGCAAGCGUUUGUGUUUCCGGAGACGGAGUUUGUUGCUGUUACUGCUUAUCAGAACGAUCGAAUAACCAAACUGAAGAUCGAUAACAACCCGUUUGCCAAAGGAUUCCGCGAGACAGGCCAAUCCCGGUGCAAGAGGAAACUGGGCAGCAGCAGCGGCAGCAGCAAUACAUCAACGUCAUCCUCGUCGUCGUCGUUUUCGUCCUCGGGAACAUGUGGCCAAAUGACAGAUGACGAGGAUCGCAACGAUCUGCAACAGCUCCACGAGGCAAAGCGGAUCAGAUCAAACGAGCUGUCCGAGUCGAUGCCGAUGGAUCCCGGGCGGUUGUUGAUGGGCGGUGGACUCGAGAACGGAAUGGGACUGCAUAUGCAUCGAAGGUUUCCACCGGGAUCUACGGCGGCAGCUGCCGCCGCCAACGAACUACUGAUGCGUCAGUACAAUCAAAUGUUCAACCCGAGCUGGAUGGAUCUGAUGAUGCCGUAUUUUGCCCGGAAUCCUUAUCAUCCCCAUCACCCGGCGAUGGGACCUCAGCAAGUGCCCACUCAACUGGGACAUCCCUUCCUGCCGAUGGUGAAUCAUCCGAUGAAUCCUGUACCGGUGCCUCCGCAAAUAUCACCCACGGAGUCCAUUCCUGAGUCAGACCGAUCUUCGGCUUUCAGCGUGACGCAGCCGCUGAACUCGGAGGAUGUUGGUCCAGUCAGAUCGUCACCCGUUCCGGUGGUUGAUUCGCCAUCUUCCGGCGAGGCGCCACCCGACGAUCAAAGAGGAGAAGGAAACGAUGACAGUAAAAAGGUGAACUUCAGUAUUGCUUCCAUAUUGCUGCUGUAAAAGUAAUUACGUGUGAUUUAGAUUUGUGUAACUGAUGUAAUACUCUUGUGCGUGUAUAUAUUUAUGAAAAUCUCCUCGAACACCUCAUUAUCAAGUGCCUUUGCAUUUUACGUAAAAGUAUUGAGAUUGCGAAUAGGACUUAUUGCUUUGAAUAAAAAAAUAUUUGAUUC